AUGAUGACACAAUCAAGAUUAUCAACUUUAGCAAAGCCAAUAUUAGCAGCCGUAUUUAUUUUAACCCUUUAUUCUAUUCUAUUUAGGAAAACAGAUGAUGAUACUGAUAAAAUACUAGAACCCCAAGGUUACAUUAAUGAUGAAGAUCCUUUAUUUUUAAAACAACAAUUUAUGCAACAUGAAUUGUCCCACAAAAAUACUGGUGGGAAUAACAAUAAACUUCAAUCCGACGAUAAUGGUAUAGUUAUUGAUAAGAAAUUUCUUGAUCAAAUGGAUAAAAAAACUCAUAAAUGUCCUGAUUAUGUGGUAUAUUCUCAAAAACGACAUCCUCCAUUUUCAAUUGGUCGAUUUAAAUAUCCUUAUAUGAGACCAGCACCCAAAUGUCGAACUUUUGUAUCAUCAGCAGUAGAAUCAGUAAUUGAAGAUUUGAAAUCUAAAAUAAAUGAUCCUGAUUUGGCAAGAUUAUUAGAAAAUUGUUUACCCAAUACAUUAGAUACCACUAUUUUAUGGCAUCAACCGAAAAUGAAAACUCCUCCUAAACAUGAUACAUUAUUACCUCAAUCUUUUAUUGUUACUGGUGAUAUCCAUGCUGAAUGGUUAAGAGAUGCAGCAAGACAAUUAUCUGUAUAUCAACCAAUGAUUCGAUUUGAUCCCAAAUUAAAAGAAUUGAUUUUGGGAGCAAUCAAUACUCAAGCUUAUUACAUAAUCAAUUCUCCAUAUUGUAAUGCAUUCCAUCCACCUCCUGGAUCUGGAGUUAAACGAGGAGAUACGGCAUUUGAUCAAGUUCAUCCUAAACCUGAUUGGAAACAAGUGUUUGAAUGUAAAUAUGAAUUAGAUUCUUUGGCAUCAUUUUUAACUUUAACUAAUGAAUAUUAUGAAAAUUCUCAAGGUGAUACUUCAUUUAUUAAUAAUUCUUGGUUAAGAGCAUUUGAAAAAGUUUUAAUUAUAUUACAUAGAGAAAGUGUACCAUCAUUUGAUGAAGAAACUGGACAAAUGUUACCAUUUUAUUAUUCAUUCCAAAGAAAUACUAAUAUUGGUUCAGAAACUUUACCAUUGGGAGGAGUAGGGAAUCCAGUAAAUUAUGGUACUGGUCUUAUUAGAAGUGCAUUUAGACCAAGUGAUGAUGCAACAAUAUUACAAUUUUUCAUACCAGGAAAUAUUCAUAUGUUAACCGAAUUGAAAAAAGCUAGAAGUACUUAUUUAACUUAUGAAAAUAUUGCUCGAGAUAGUAUGUUAGUGGAAACUGCUGAUACAUUUAUUAAUGCUCUAUCUUCUGGUAUUGAGAAAUAUGGAAUUGUGAAUCAUCCAAUAUAUGGUAAAGUUUAUGCUUAUGAAGUAGAUGGGUAUGGUAGUGCAACGUUUAUGGAUGAUGCCAAUAUACCAUCAUUAUUAUCAAUCCCUGAUCUUGGAUAUACCACUAUUGAUGAUGAGAUUUAUCAAAACACUAGAAAAAUGAUUCUUUCCAAACAAGGCAACCCAUAUUAUUUAAAAGGUCAUUUUUUCGAAGGGAUAGGAGGACCUCAUAUUGGUCUUAGAAAUGCUUGGCCAAUGUCAUUACUUGUGAGAAUUAGAACCACCAAUGAUGAUGAUGAAAUUAUCCUGAGUUUAGAUAUGAUCAUGAGAAAUACUGCCAAUUUAGGUUUAAUGCAUGAAAGUAUUCAUGUGAAUUCAAGACAAGGGAGAGAUUAUACUAGACCUUGGUUUGCUUGGUGUAAUUCAGAAUUUGGUAAAACAAUCUUACAUUUGGCUAAGAAUAAACCUCAUUUAAUAUUCAAAAAGGAAUGGCAAAAUGUGCCGUAUGAUAUUGAGAAUGUAUUAAGUCAAUCUAUAUAA